AUGAGCGCCGCACCCUCGAUCCCGCAAGCCCUCUGGGCGCAGCGCAUACCGCUCAUCAUAACGCACUCGUCGGCGCCCACGACGCAGUUCAUCACCUCCAUUCCGAGGUUUAGUUACCUUGCGCUCCUCCUGCCCCGCCUCGGCGUCUACUUUCGCCUGCCAUGCUCGAGCUUCCAUCACGAAGAGGUCUUGCUACGGAACCUGGCUGUUGGAUUGCUAGUGGAUCUCUACCAGCCUACGCUUCCGUGGAAGCUGACUGUUAGCGAUGGGUUGGGCUGGGACAUUGCUGAUACAUUCCUCAAUAGUGUCAAAGAGGCCGACUUCGUACGGAACGGUAAUGCCAACCAGAUUAUGAAGAUGUCGCGAACCGACACGACCGCCUUGUGGAAUGCAGUGCAGGACAACGACUUCGCUACCUUUUCACGCAUUAAUAACCGUCUCUUGAACCCGCCGACGCCCUUAAAACACGUUCCCAUACGCGUCUACAUACCAUCUUCCCCGCCAGGGGAUGGCUCUGCAUCGAGCAUGAGCGCAGCCUCUCCUGCGUCUUUCAAGAUCGUGCAGACCCUAGUGCCCACCACGACGCCGGCCAACGCUGGUAGAAUGUCGAUGAGUAUAUUGCAUAGCGCGCGACAGCCUCACGCACCCCAGACGUUAGGUAUGGCGCUCAAGGAUAUGAUGCCUGAGCUCUUCCCCAGCAGCCGCGAUCCCGUCCUCGCGAACGUAAUUCUUAACGGCGUCUCGGUGCCAUUUGAUGCGCCGUUGGUUGAGCUGAUGAAGGAAGCAGCCUACCCUGAUGGGUGGCUUUGUCUUGUCGUUGUGCUUUUAUGA